AUGACGAGUGAAACAAAUCGCCAGCAAAUGAUUAUUGAAAUCAUGGAAAAACUUCUCAAUAACUUGAUUCAGCACGGAAUGAAUUUCUUGGAUGAUCAUCCUAAACUGUUAGCCGUCUUAGGGCGUAAAUUGAAGCGUUAUCAAUAUUUUAAAAGGCUUAUUGUGGCGUUUCCUAAUGCAAGAGAAUAUCACGAGAAAUUAAAAAAAUCUCGAGACGACGUCUUUUUUCUAGUGAUAAAGUUUGCUUAUCUUCAUCUCAGAAGUAAAGGAGAAGAUGGAAAACACUUCAGGGAACUGAAGACUUUAAUUGAAGAAUAUGACAAGCUCCAGGAAGGAGCAAAGUAUCAUCAAGAGAACAGCAACCUGCAAACCUUCCUUGACUCCACAUUUGACGAGAAUGAUAUUGAAUAUUCUCACAGCACAAGUUUAUCAGAUCAACAAGGGAGUGACAACCAGGACGAUCGUCAGAAUUCAAGUAAAUCUUUCAAUGUUGUUGAAGAAACAAACUCUUCGUAUCAACAUCAAAACUUGACCGUGAAAAAUUUGAUGAAUGCCGCAAAUAAAUCUGUCAACGUUGAGACGUUCCACAUUGUAAUGAAUCCAACACGUCAACUUGCUGAAGAUGCUUGUAGAAUCUACACGAAUUUAACUUCGCUAAUGUUGGAAUAUGGCUACGAUUACAUGUUGGAAAACAUGGAUAAAUCGAAUGAAGUAAGAGGUCUGAAUGAGACCUUAAAUGCUUUACGGAUUCUUGGUUCACAAGAAAAGAAGUCAAAAGGAGAAAGAAAGUUGACAGACAGACGACCAAUUUACCGUCCACGACCAGUUCCAACUAUUUCUGUUUCACCAGGAACACCAAUGAAUAUAAACACUUCGAGAUAUCAAAGUCAAUCCAGUCCAUCACCCAACAAAACACAAUUUCAGAGAAGUCAACAUGAAAGCGAUUUAAAGGAAGCUGUUAAAGAAAUCUUACAAGAAGAAGUCAUUGAAAGACUUCACGAUGUUCAAGGAAACAAAAAAAAUUACAAUUCAGUGAAUGUCGAGAUUUUAAAUCUCCACAUUUAA